ACUGUAAACCUUGGGUGUGCUCUGCCUCACACUGCUUUCUGAAAAUGGUCAUCCCCCAGUAUUAAUCACAAGGCGCACAUUGCCCCCUGGAAAAAGUACAUCUGCCAUGCAGCUACUGUGAGAGGUUCGUGAGUGUCUCGCUCUGACAGUUUUAACAUCAGUGCUUCUUCGUCUGCUCUUUCAGCCACACAUCAAAAGCCUUCAGGAGUUGCAGUUUUGCAUUCUAUAAUAAGUAGAGGAGGAGGAAGUACGGUAGCAACAAACUUUUGGUCUUACUGAGGACUUCAAGAAUGCAUCUGAAGCCAGGAGAGAAAUGGUAAAGGUGUUCAACUCUCCUGUACUGCAGAAUAACAGCUGUGAAGGUCCUUUUUGGUAUGACAGUUGAAAAGGAAUAGAAGAUCUUUGCACUGGUGGUAGCUGUGAUGUCUCAGAUGAUAUUUGGUUCUCCUUGUCUCUUGUUCACAAUGUACAUUUGGGGUUUAUCUGUCUUCCCUUUACUCAAGAGAAAACCUAUUUGAGAAAGAGGACUCAAGGCUUCUAAUCUGCAAUAAAGCUUCUUCAAAAAUCGAAUGGAUGCUGUAAUCAAAUGAGGUUAUUUUAGGCAAAACUCAACAACACAAUGAAGAAAGCUGAAGGAGGAUUCAAAUAUAAGCAUCUAAGAUUUAGAGAAGCAAAAAGACCCUAAAUGCAGAUUUUGAUUUUUUAAAAUUUAUCCCCUUACAAAGAUACUGCAGCAACAAUAUCUGUUUUUGCAAGCUUCCAAGAAGAGAUGAUGCAACAAAAACAGACAAUAUUCAGGUUUCACAUCUGCAGUGCCUCAGAUCACGUAAUAGGCUUUUCACAUCCUUCCCCUGAGAGUUCAAGAUACCUAGAACUUUAGUCAAUCCCCUUACGCUUUACCCAGCCACUCCACGCUUCACAAGAAAAAACAUGGCAGCCAAUAACUCGAAUUUCAAUGAUGAUGAGUUUUUGAAACAUUUCUAUGCCAUCAUGUACACAAUCAUCUUGAUUCCUGGGCUGAUUGGGAAUAUUUUGGCUCUCUGGAUCUUUUAUGACUAUAGGAAAGAAACUAAACGAGCAGUGAUUUUUAUGAUCAAUCUUGCAGUUGCAGACCUGGCACAAGUUUUAUCUUUGCCACUAAGGAUUUUCUAUUACCUGUCUAAAAGUUGGCACCUGGGGAAGGGAUUCUGCAUGUUUUGCUUCUACCUCAAGUAUGUCAACAUGUAUGCAAGCAUCUACUUUCUGGUUUGCAUCAGUGUGCGGAGAUUUCAGUUUCUCAUGCACCCUCUGAAGUUCAGUGACUGCAAGCGCAUCUAUGACAUGUACAUCUGCAUUGCUGGAUGGAUUGUUGUCUGCAUUGGCUGCCUACCUUUCCCCCUUCUACGUCUUACCUCCAACGAGACUUGGGCCAGCGAUAAAUGCUUUGUGGAUCUUCCCUUGAAGACUGCGGAUGACCCCAUCUCAAUAGCAAUGAUGUCCCUAGGUGAGCUGGUUGGCUUUAUAACCCCUCUGUUCAUCAUCUUGUAUUGUUCGUGGAAGACUAUCUUAUCUCUCCAAGAAAAGAAUUCUGUUUCCCAGGACCUUGGGGAGAAACAGAAAGCCUUAAAGAUGAUCCUGACUUGUGCCAUUGUCUUCCUGAUUUGCUUUGGUCCUUAUCACAUCAGCUUCCCUUUGAAUUACUUGGUCAAGUCCCAAAAGAUAGAAGAUACUUAUGCCCGAAAGGUUAUUUUGUUCUUCCAUGCAUUUGCCUUGUGCCUUGCCAGUUUAAACUCAUGUGUUGACCCUGUAAUUUAUUACUUUACUACAGAUGAGUUCCGAAGGCGGCUUUCGAGACAAGAUUUACAGGACAGUAUUCAGCUUAAUAACAUGCGUUAUGGAAAUACAGAUAGUCCAUCCCAAAUAAGUAUAAUUGGGUGAUUGGUAGGAAACCCAUAUUAUGCUUUUUUAUAACACCUUCAUCUGAUGCCCUGGCAACUUGGGAAAAGCACAGAUUUACAGCUUAUUUUAAACAUUUGACUAGAGGACGUUGACUUUGGAUGUCAACUUUUCCUUGCACAUCUAUCAAUACUACUAAUUUUAAAUACUUUUCAACAUUUAUUGUCAACUGCAACCAAUUGUAACCUGAAAUAUUAUAGCUGGAUAAAUAAGCCAUAGUAGAUUAUCCAAGGGGAUGCAGUGGCGCAGUGGCUUAAUGACGCUGAAAGUUGCUGGCCAGAAAUGGUCG